AUGGUGCUCGCGCUUGCUCUUACUGCUGAGCUCAGUGGAGUGACAGGCCUCCGCCCCCUCGACACCGACGACUCGCCUUUCCACUACACCUUCAAGGUCCAGUGCACAUCAUGUCGCGAGACACAUCCGAACUACGUUACCAUGACUCGCUUCGAAAUGCACGAUGUGAGCGGCAGCAGAGGCGAAGCCAACUUUGUGUGGAAGUGCAAGAACUGUAAAAGAGAGCAUUCCGCGAACAUCAAGGCAGCGCCGGCGAGCUAUGACCAGACGAACCCACCGAAGACGGUGAACAUACUGGAGUUCGACUGCAGAGGGCUCGAGUUCACCGAGUUCAAGGCGGAGGGGGAGUUCCUAGCUACGGGCACUGAAUCGAACACCAAGUUCACCGGCAUUGACCUUUCCGAAGGCGAAUGGUUCGAUUACGACGAGAAGGAAGGCGAAGAAGUCAGUAUCACAAACGUAAAGUGGGAGAUACGGCGAGCGUAG